UUAAAGAAUAUUUUUGAUUGAUCAAUUCUCUUAGAUCAGUAAUAAGUAGAUCGAAACAAGCCACCGUCUGAACGUAGUCAAUGGUUUCUCUAAGAAGUACACGUGCUUUUGCAUAGGUUAUAUAUCACACAAGAUUGUUUUUCGUCAGCAGUUAGUGAUUUCAACAAGUGAUAUCAAAAUGUCGAAAGUUAAAAAAAAUAAUGACACUGCUGGAUGGGUACCGUUAACAUUAGAAGGUACGAUUGUUUCCGAAGAUAUAGGUGGUUUAAUUGGAAUAGAAGAGUUAACUGAUUACAAAUUGGUAAAAACGAAAAAUAAAACACAAAUUAUUUCUGAAAAUACAACUUCAAAAAAGACACCAAAGAAAAAACGUGCUGUUGAACUUGAGAGGAAUGAUGAUUCUGAAAGUCGUGCCGUUAAGAAAAAGAAACACAAUACAGUCACAAAAGAUAUAAAUAAGUUAAAGAAAAAGAAAAAACAAAGAGGAAUACCUACAUAUCAUUUAAAAGAAAAAUCAAGCAUUGACACUGUUAAUGAGGAACAGUCUGCUCAUGAAGUAGAAGACAUCAAUGAAAUUGAAUCUAAUAUUAAUGUCCAUGCAUGGACUUCACUUGGAGUACCAGAUGUUAUUAUAAAAGCAUUAGCAGUGCAAAAUUUUAUAGCACCAACAGCAAUACAGUCAUUGACUUUGCCUCCAGCAAUUCUUGGUAGAAGAGAUAUUUUAGGUGCUGCAGAAACAGGCAGUGGCAAAACAUUAGCAUUUGGCAUUCCAAUCUUAAAUGGUAUUUUGGAGUUAAAGAAGAAAAAAUUAGAAUCUAUGAAAGAUGAUGAUGAUAAGGAAGAGAAGGAGAGCACUAUCAAUGACGAAGAAAGUGAGGAGGAAGGGUCGUUAAAAUGGGAGAGUGAUAAAGAGGAAGAUUCAUAUAGUGGAGUAAAACACGAAGCUGAUGAGGAUGAUGACAACGACGAUAUGUCUGUAGAAUCAAAUUUUGAAGAGCGAGAAGAGUUCAUCGAGGAUGAAAUGAUAAACGAAAGUAGUGUUGGUUGUGUGCGUGCCAUUGACAAUAUAAAGAUUGCAGCAGAUUUACAAACCCGGCUGAAAAAACCAUUGUAUGCCUUGAUUUUAACUCCUACUAGGGAAUUAGCUAUUCAAAUUAAAAAUCACAUUGUUAAAGCUGCCAAGUAUACUGAUAUAAAGGUUGCUGUAAUAGUUGGAGGAAUGGCUGCUGUAAAACAAGAAAGAAUUUUAAGUAAAGGACCAGAAAUUGUCAUUGCCACACCAGGACGGUUAUGGGAACUUAUGGACGAGGGUAAUCCCCACCUUAGCCAGAUUAAUUCUAUUAAAUACUUGGCUAUUGAUGAAACUGAUAGAAUGUUGGAAAGGGGUCAUUUUCAAGAACUUCAUAAAAUUUUAGAAAGAAUCUACACCGAUGAAAAUAAAAGAAAGGAACGUCAAACUUUCGUAUUUUCGGCAACGUUGACUAUGGUACAUGACAUUCCCCAAUAUUUACAACGAAAGAAAAGUAGGAAUGUAAAAAGUAAGAUAUCCAAGUUGACGCAGAGUCAAAAGUUAGCGAAAGUGAUAGAGAUGUUGAAAAUUUCAAAUCCUAAAAUAGUAGAUGUCACAAAAGAAAAGGGAACUGCCGGUAGUUUGACCGAGUGUCGUAUAGCGUGUACUAUAGAUCAUAAAGAUUACUAUUUAUAUUAUUUUCUUAAAAGACAUGCGGGUCGGACUUUAGUAUUUUGUAAUAGUAUCGGCUGUGUUAGAAGAUUAGCAACACUUUUAGGUAUUUUGGAUUGUGAUCCAUUACCUUUGCACGCAAGUAUGCAACAACGUCAACGUCUGAAAAACUUGGAAAGAUUUCAAGCGGACGAAAAUGGCUUACUCAUAGCAACAGAUGUAGCCGCAAGAGGAUUAGAUAUUCCAAAUGUAGAACACGUUAUACAUUAUCAAGUUCCUAGAACGUCAGAGAGUUAUGUACAUAGAAGUGGUAGAACUGCAAGAGCACAAAAAGAGGGAAUAACGGUUCUAAUGAUGGAACCCUCCGAACUACAAUACUAUACUAGACUUUGCAAGACACUUGGACGCACGGAAGAUUUGCCCACGUUUCCUGUAGUGGAUAGACUUUUAAUUGCUGUAAAGGAACGAGUAAAUGUAGCCCGAGAAAUUGAUAAAUUGGAAUUAAUAUGUCGUAGAGAUAAUGCUCAGAAAGGGUGGUUACAGCGAGCAGUAGAAGAAAUGGAUCUUGUAUUAGAUGACGAUCAAUUAGAAACUACUAUGGAGACGAAAGAGAGUGCUGAUCUGAAGCGUCAACUAAAGGCAAAGAAAAAUCAUCUUAAGAGUCUUGUAGCAAAGCCACUCUUUCCUAAAGGCUUUUCUGGAAAGUAUUUGGAUACGAAUUUGGAAAUACAUCUGAAUAAUGACUCUCGCAAAGCUGUUGAGGUGAUGCGAGAUGCUCUGGAAAGCCAACCCGAGCAGAGGAAAAAGAGUGUCGUGAAGGGUAUUAAGAAGAAUAAUGGUUUCAAGAACAAGAAGAAGUUUAAGAAAGGAAAGAGACAAUAAUGCUAUUAAUUGUAAAUAAAAUACUUUGUUUUUAAGUCUGAACCCAGUACUAUUCUAUAUUAAUACUAUACCCCUUCUCAUAUUAGUGAAACAAAUAUUUUCCCUAAAAUCCUGAGAACUUCAACUUCAAUGCUGAGUGAGUGGCUUAACUAGGAGGCUAACGAUAUUAUAAUAAUUAUUUUGUUUAAAUAAAUGAAAGUGAAGUGUCA